GGUUGAUUCAAGCUCAAGGUCGGUUUGUUGCUCGUUUGCAUGUGUUUCCAACUUUGCAAAUAAAAGCACCGGCUUUUGAAUAUAAAGCAGUCCUGCAAUAAAUAACCAGGCAGAUAAUAUCUGCUUCAAUGCAUAUAUAUGUUGGUAAUAUAUUAAGUAAUGUGGGCCAAGUUAAACUUUAAGUGCUAGUAACUACCAACGAAGUGCUUCUGUGCCAAUGACUUUAAAUGGUCCAACGAAUUUUAUUCACGCUCUGUUGCUGUACGGAUUUCGAUGUCUAAAGCCAUAUUGAUUCACACUUUCUGGUGCCAGUAACAUUACACUGCAUAACUAGAUAUUGCAGCCCAAUGGAACGUUUAACAUUAUUUCACUUACGGCAAGCGCUUAGGAGUAAUGAACCGGAGACGAGCACAAUCCUUGAUCAAAUGGCUACAGAAAAUCUUGUUCGGCAGGUGUACAAUGAGAAACUUUGCCAGUGGAAAGACAACGCGCUUCGAUUGUUCAAAAUGGAUCAUGUAAACUACCUCUACAAGAAAAUUUACAAUCUACCCUCUAGUUUUGAACAAUUGGAUGCAAGUCAGUCCUGGCUGGCGUAUUGGAUGGUACAUAGUUUAGGCUUGUUGAACGCUGAGAUCCCGGAAGAAAUGUCUCUGAAGCUGAUAUCACUAAUAGCAGAUAUGCAGGACCCAAAUGGUGGCUUCGGCGGUGGACGUUAUCAAUUUCCACACCUUGCAACAUCAUAUGGUGCAGUUAACUGUUUAGUAUCACUGCGUCGUCGAGAUGCUCUAGAUAUUAUCAAUCGAGAUGCUUUAGCUAACUGGUUACGGGAACUACGCCAGCCAAAUGGUUCUUUCUUAAUGCAUGUAGGCGGAGAGGUCGAUGUUCGAGGUGCAUAUUGUGCUAUAGCAGUGGCUAGACUGACAGGACUUCUCAGAAAAUAUCCUGAUUUGUUUGAAUCAACUGCAGAGUGGGUGGCUAGUUGUCAGACCUAUGAAGGUGGUUUCGGUGGUCAACCGGGAUUGGAAGCCCAUGGUGGUUACACUUUCUGUGCUUUGGCGACAUUGUGUUUCUUGGGUAGAUCCGAUCUAAUUAAUUUGCCUAGACUAUUGCAUUGGGCAAGUCACCGUCAGAUGGCAACUGAAGGUGGUUUCCAGGGUAGAACAAACAAAUUGGUAGACAGUUGCUAUUCAUUUUGGCAAGGUGCUCUUUUCCCAAUAGUUGAAGAAUUGUUAUGGUUGUCAGGUGAUCCUGCCCUCAGUGAGACUGACACCUUAUAUAACUCAACUGCUUUGCAAGAAUAUAUCCUACUCUGUUGUCAGAAUGUAUCUUACACACAACGUUCAGGUUUAAGUGUGCAUCAUACAGACGACUCUUCAUCAUCCAGUGAAACGUCAUCUCUGAGCAGAAGUUCAAGUCCAGAAGAGAUUGCGUCGUCUUCUUUUGCCACUGACGGUGGACUAAUUGAUAAGCCUGGAAAAAAUCCUGAUCCUUAUCAUACAUGUUAUGCAUUAAGUGGAUUAAGUCUAGCACAACAUUCUCCUCGACACCAUAAUCAUGGACCACCACCACCACCAACAACAACAGACAAAAGCAAAUCUGACAAUCUUUCUUAUCCUUCCUCAAUUGUUAAUCUGUUGGGUGCAGAGUUUGGAAAUCAAUUGGUUGAUGUAGACCCUUAUCAUAAUAUUAUCCAUGACAGACUAGCAUUUACUUUCACGUAUUUCAAUGAGUUAGACAAUGGUCAAUCAUUGGAGUGUGCAGAACAAUUGGCUUUAAAAGCUGCUGAGAACAUCUACAUCUCAUCUACACGUUGUAGCCUUAGAGUAGCUGGAAAAGAGCUGGUCAACCAGAAGACAAAAGAGAUACUAAGUAACUAACUAACUAACUGAACAGUGUUAGUUGUUAUCUCUAGUUGUGUUGUUGGCCAAUACAACACGGGAUCUGAUGAGUAUACAUAACAUGUACAGCGCCAAAAUAAAACAAAGAG